AUGAAGAACAGUGAAGGUAGACCUGUUGGAACAGCAGCAUUGCCAGAAGCCCAUGAGGUUGAAAAGAAAGAUCCCAACGAGUGCAACUACGCCCAAGAUAAUAAGAGAUCACACGACAAAGGCCGAGGUGGAUACAAGAGGCGUGGCCAUGACAACUACUCGAACGGCCGAGACAACUACUCGACGGGCCGGAAAGGAAACCACAAUAACCGUGGUCGUGGUUCCAACUAUGGUCGUGGCCUGGGCAGUUAUGGCCGAGGUCGAGGCGGCAUAUCCAAACCGUCUUACUCUACCGAAUCCGUUUGUCACAGAUGUGGGAUGGACAACCAUUGGGCCAAGAAUUGUAGAACCCCUAAGCACUUAUGUGAACUUUACCAAGAGAGUCUCAAGAACAAGAACCCGGAAGCUCACAUGGUCCAUGAUUCCGGAUAUGAUGCUGAUAAUGAGUCCGACUUUGCUAAUGAUGACCUAAUGGAUUUUGAGACUUCUGAUUGUCUCAAAGACUAG